CGGCGCUUUUCCUGUCUGUCUUCUUACUCUGAAUUUAAAGAAAGGACUGAGUUGGGUGGGGGAGAGCGGGAGAGGGCAAAAACUGCAAUUGUUUGUCUGAGUGGUGUGUAAGAGUGUUUGGAUCCACUGGUGGGGAGUUCGUCCACCUGUCUUGUGUUCCAGAGCUUUGCAGCUUCUUAAAUGGCAGACUCCGCACAUGUUCACCAUCAGCACCUUUUACUCCCCGUGGAGCAAGCACGUUGAGCGUUAGUUGGAUCCCUGUCUUCAUUGUUGCAGGAGAGACUGUGUGACUAUGAUGAUGAUGAUUGAUCAGGGAUUAGAACUAAGAUACAAAUAUUGCAAUGCAGAAAAAAAGUAUCGUUUCCUUCUGUAUUUUCUGAGUUGGGUUUGAUGAGCGGUUAAUUGGAAGCUUUUCAUCUACCAUAAAUUCCACGAUUUUGUUUUUCUAAGAGAUUUGUGCCGCCUAAGGCGAAUGUCUGGUGUUCUGGGUCUGAGUGAGAUAAAAUCAAGGAAGUGGAUUUCUGGUUUCUAUUUUGAGUUUUCGGGGGAAAUGGAUGAUUAAUUAGAGGCCGAAGAUGGACAACAGAUGGUAAAAAAGGUUGUUUUCUUCCAAUAAUUUUGGCAAAAGAAUAAUUGGGGAAAGUAAUUUCCAAAGGAUAUAAAGGCGGCAGUUUUAGUCUAACAUAACGCAGUAAAAGUUUUGACAGAAAAAAGCUCAGUUGGGUCCAGACAUAAAUAAUUGGGAAAGUAAUUGCAAAAGGAUAUAAAGGGGACUUUUGGAUGGUUGAUGAGAAGGAAAGAGAGGAGAAUUAAACUGGUUUGGUGUAGUGGGUAACGGUAACUUUUUUCGGAGACUAGUUGGAUAUGGUGAAAUAAUGGAGGCGUAAUCUUUUGUAAUCUCUCUGAAACCGAGAAGGGAGCAGGUUGGCUGGCAUUCAGGGGGUGGGUGAGUCUUGCUGAACAGAACAGUUCUUAGAUAAAAGAGUAAGGGCAUUUCUUUUAUUGGAAGAGCUUGAAUAUUGCCGAUGGUCUGAGGCUUAGAGUACUGAGAAGCUGAGAUUUGUAGUAUGGGGAGAGAGAGAGGGUGAGGGGGUCAGGAGGAAGGUUCAUCUUCAUUGGUGGAAGAUGCAAAGCAUUGAAGAUAGCAAAGGUAUUACUAAUUCCAUCAGCUCAUGUAAUGGCGCUGGCUCUGUAAGGGCUGCUUCCUCUAUACACAUUCUCUGUAUCUACUACAUUGAACCCUUGACGUUACAUGUUUAGCCAAUUGAAGUAGGGGAUUUAAUCUCGAGGGAUCAAUAAAGGUUAACCGUGCUCAAAGUGCUGGAGUGCUGGUGCUAGAGAAGCUGUUGUCUCUCCCUCCGCCAUUUGACCUUCUCGUUAGAUGGGUAGAGUUGGGUUUUAAGGGGUAUUGGUGGCACUUGUCUGUGAUCAGAGAGGAAAGGAGCUGACCCUGGUUCAUUUCAAAGGAAAGGUUUGCUAUACGCUAGUCUAUGCUGUUGAUCUGCUACUGCUGAGUAGAGAGAGAGGAAGCCGAGAAAAGACUAGCCAGUGCUAUUAUAUGAUUUUGGAGGAUCUGAUCCUGUCCAACGUAGUUGGGUGAGUUGUGAGUUAUUGCAUGUUUUAUGAGUCAAACAGUUUGUGAAACCUUUCCUAUGAGGACUUCUGUCAUGGAGUGGAAUCCAAAGACUCCCUCACAGUGGGACUGGGAUAACCUAGUAAUGUUCAAUGGAAAAGCAAGUGACAUUCCCAAGCAGGUGCAACCGACAGAUUGGGGGAUUGAAGGGGAUGGAGGAAUUGAUAAUGGAUCUGUCUAUUCAUCUGCGGGAGGUGGUUGUUCUGGCUCUGAUUUGGGACAUGGCUCCUCAUCCAAGAGUUCGAUCUCUGCAUCUGUUGACUCAUCAUUGAAGGGGGGAAUAAAAAUAUCCAAUUUUAAUUUUGAGGCUGCUGAAGAUUUUCCUAAGGAUUUUAGCAAGAAAAAAGAAUUUCCCAGAUUAGAAGAUACUGGAACUUCUCCAACAUUGGGGGCUUCAGUUGGCUCGAGUGAACCAGUGAUUGGUUUAAAGCUUGGUAAGCGCACUUACUUUGAAGACAUUUGUGCCGGGAGCACAAUUAAGAACUCAUUUUCUGUCAUUCCAACAUCAUCUUCUACCACAGCAAAGAGAUCCAGGGCAUCUUAUCAGAGCACUCAGACCCCACAGUGCCAAGUAGAAGGUUGUAACCUCGACCUUACAUCAGCUAAAGAUUACCAUCGCAGGCAUAGAGUUUGUGAAAGCCAUUCCAAAUCCCCAAAGGUAAUUGUAGCAGGCCUGGAACGCCGGUUUUGCCAACAAUGUAGCAGGUUCCAUGAUUUGUCUGAGUUUGAUGAGAAAAAGCGUAGCUGUCGUAGGCGUCUCUCUGAUCACAAUGCACGUCGCCGCAAGUCACAACCUGAGGCAAUCCAAUUCAAUUCUGCAAGACUGUCUUCAUCAUUUUAUGAUGAAAGGCAACAGAUGAGCCUUAUGUUAAACAGGAUCCCAAUCAUUCACAUGAGACCUGCUGUAAGUCCAACUUGGGAAAGCGCAUCUGACUUUAAGUUUACACAAACAAAGGGAUCUCCGAUGAGACCGGCCAAAGCAGGAAGCAUUGAUGGCCAAUUACAUUUGCCCAGCAAUGAGGUGCCAAAUGCCAUUUCUACACUUAGCCAUGAACCUCAAAGGCUCUUGUCAUUGAAGGGCACCACUGCCGAGGUCCUCAACCAAGGUAUGGAAGCAUCUGGGGUCACUUCUAACUUGGACACAACACCAGAUCUCCGGCGUGCUCUCUCUCUUCUGUCAACUAGUUCUUGGGGUUCAAGUGACCCUGAACCCAAUUCACUCAACCAGAUAAUACAUACAAACCGUACAAAGAUGACUCAGCCAGUGGUGCAUUUGGUGCCUCAAGGCCUACCUCCAUCAGAAUACUGGCAGGCUGAACAACAAGCCGGACCCCGGAUGCAUUCAUUAACUGUACGUAGUAAUGGCAGUAACCAAUUUCAAGAGUUCCAGUUGUUCAAAGCACCAUAUGAGUCUGGCUUCUUUUAUUCCAAUCAGAUGAACUGAUCAGAGGAUCCAUAAGCAUUAUUCCCCAGGAGUGGCUGCAUCCACAGUCAUAAUGCAGGUACAAGUUCUGCAUUUUGAAUUUGGAAAACCUGUUUCAUUAGGUUAUACCCUCCAAAAUCUCUGUUGCAACUUCAACGAUGCCGGCAUGCGAACUCCAAUCUCAAGUUUUAUGGGCAUUUCCAGAAGCCUGAAAUUUUAUGCUGAGCGGCUCACCCUCGCAUACAGCCCUCUAAGAUGGGAAUAACAUUGCUCCUUUUUUUUCUCUUGUUCAUAUGGUACUUAUAAAAACUUAUUGUCAACUUUUGGUUAAAUUUCCUGGUUUUCCUUUCUGAAAAUUUCCAGACACCAAUUAUCAUAUGGUGCUUUGUUUGUUAAAUAUCUGGCUGAACACAAUAUUUAUAAACUUUAUCGUUGCCUUAUGAUAUGUUUAAUUAUCUAGUAUAA